ACUCACUGGCGCCCAAGUGGGAGGACGGCAGCGGCCCUCUCCCUCCUCCCCACACCCCGCUACCUGCCCAGUCCCUGAAGCGUGAGGCGACAGCGAGCCAAGCCGGGCCGAUCCCACAACUUUGCAGCCGCGGGGCGGGCGAGAGCCGGUGUCCAGGGCUCCUCUUCUCGGCGACCGGAGCUCGGAAUGUAAUCGAGGAUGCUGGCCCUGAGGCUGCUCAACGUGGUGGCCCCCGCCUACUUCCUGUGCAUCUCCUUGGUCACCUUUGUGCUGCAGCUCUUCCUCUUUCUGCCCAGCAUGCGUGAGGACCCUGCAGCCACCCCUCUCUUGUCGCCAGCCCUGCUGCAUGGGGCGCUCUUCCUGUUUCUCUCUGCCAACGCUCUGGGUAAUUAUGUCCUGGUCAUCCAAAAUUCCCCGGAUGACCUGGGGGCCUGCCAGGGGUCAUCGACCAGGAGGGCUCUGUGCCCCCCGCCCAGCACCCACUUCUGCCGAGUGUGUGCCCGAGUCACACUGAGGCACGACCACCAUUGCUUCUUCACGGGCAACUGCAUCGGCAGCAGGAACAUGCGCAACUUCGUCCUCUUCUGUCUCUACACCUCCCUUGCCUGCCUCUACUCCACAGUGGCCGGUGUGGCCUACAUCUCCGCUGUCCUCUCAGUCUCCUUCGCCCACCCUCUGGCCUUCCUCACGCUCCUGCCCACCUCUAUCAGCCAGUUCUUCUCCGGAGCUGUCCUCGGUUCUGAAAUGUUCGUCAUCCUCAUGCUCUACCUCUGGUUUGCCGUCGGCCUGGCCUGCGCGGGCUUCUGCUGCCACCAGCUGCUGUUGAUCCUCAGGGGGCAGACACGCCACCAGGUUCGAAAAGGGGUGGCAGUGAGGGCCCAGCCUUGGCGCAAGAACUUACAGGAGGUCUUCGGGAAGAGAUGGCUGCUGGGCCUCUUGGUCCCCAUGUUCAAUGUCGGAAGUGAGAGCUCUAAACCGCAGGACAAGUAGCUGGCAGGCACUCAGUCAUUUCCCUCUGUGUCUCAAUUCCUUCUGAACGUAAGACCACAACACCCUUGUUGCCACCCAUGACCCACUACGGCCUUGGGCUAGUUAAGUUCGUGCAUCCACACAGCCUUCUGCCCAGGGUGGAAGAAUACUGUAAAAUGG